AUGGUUAAGUUCGCGUCUCUUGUUGCUCUUACCGCGGCGACUCUGGCCGUCGCCGAUCCCACCGUGUACCUGAUCCGCCACGGCGAGAAGCCCGAUGAUGGCGAUGGCCUGAGCACGCAGGGCGAGGAGCGCGCGCAGUGCUUGCGCGGCGUGUUUGGCGCCAGCUCCUCGUAUGAUAUCGGGUAUAUCAUGGCCAUGACACCGAAGAGCGACGGCAGCCGCCAGCGUCCUUAUGACACUGUGAAGCCGUUGGCUGAUGACCUCGGGCUUACGGUCGACACGUCCUGCGAUCGGGAUGACCCUGGUUGUGUCAAGGACGUGGUCGACGAUUACUCCGGCUCGGGAAAUAUCCUGAUCUGCUGGGAGCACGACGCACUGCACGAUAUCGUGAAGAAGCUGGGCGACGACGAUGCGCCGGAUUAUCCCGAUGACCGGUACGAUAUUAUCUGGACCGAUCCCUCGCCAUAUGACGAUAUCACCUCAGAGACAAGUGAGAACUGCGCGGGGUUGGACAGCUAG